AUGUUUUUAUUCGGUUUCAUAGGAGUUGCUGCUUCUGACUUUUUUUGUCCAAAUUUAAAUACAAUUGCUUCAAAAUUAAAUUUAUCUGAAAGUAUGGCUGGCGUAACAUUUUUGGCAUUUGGAAAUGGCUCGCCUGAUGUUUUUAGUACUUUCAGUGCUAUGACACAUGGAUCUGGAUCAUUGGCAAUCGGUGAACUUAUUGGCGCUGCAAGUUUUAUUACUUCUGUGGUAGCUGGAUCUAUGGCAGUGAUAUCACCAUUUCGUGUUAACAAAAUCCCAUUCCUACGAGAUAUCACCUUUUUCUCUAUUUCAAUCUUAUUUACACUUUUAAUUAUUUUGGAUGGGGAAAUUUAUUUAUGGGAAAGCAUCAUUUUGGUUAUUUUUUAUUUUAUUUACGUUAGUGUAGUGGUGGUGGGAACUUGGUAUGUAAGAGAUCAAAAAAAGAAACAAUGGCAAGAGCAAAGAGCUAGAGAGGAAUACGAUGAUUCUAUUGUUUUUGGUGAAAAUCAAGAUGCAUAUGGCUACGACACAUAUAGUGAAAAUGAUCUUUUACUACCGGAUGUUGAACAUAGAAGUGGUGCUGAUAUUAUUAUCAAUGGUAAUAGUAGUAGAGGAAGAAGAACUUCAUUUAGCAACAACAACAGAGAUUUUCAACUACAAGAACAAUAUUCUCCUCCUUCGUUCAUAUCUGUAAAUGAUGUAGUAGAUCAAACUAUGCAUUUUCAUCAUCACCACCAUCAUCAAAUUAUUUCAAAUAAAAAUACAAAAUCAUUACAUCGGGGAAUGAGACCUUCGUUAUUUGGUGCAAUCGAGUUUCGAGAUGUUGUCAAAUCCCUUAAACUAGAUAGCAAUGUAAACACAUUAGGUUUAUUUGGGCAUAAUAAUUCUAACAAUUAUUAUCGUCAGCAUCACCAGCGUCAUCCGGAAAGACUUGAUAAUAGAUCUAGUAAUCCAGAAAGAAAAAAUUGGUCUAAUAUAGGAAGAGGGGAGAGAGCUUUAGAAACUAUUGGCGGAUCAACUGGUCGUCGUCAUAAUGUCGGCAAUAACGAUAUUCAUGAUGCCCCAAAAAUAAAUAUACAAACGCCCAAAAUACCAUCAACGACAGACGAGGAUUUCUUCGCAUCUGGUUCAACUUCUUCUAAAUUUAAUAAUAAUUCGAAUAAUUCGGGAGAAAUAGGUAGCAGCAAUUUGAAUGUUCCAAGUCUUUUGGUAAUUCCACCAACGCCAAAUCAAGGACCUGUUGUUGUCUCGAAUAUGCCACCUUCAUUAAAUUCAUCUACAAUUGAUUUAUUACCAAAAACUCAUCAAGAAGAAGAGAAUAAUGAUGAUUUUACUCCGGUGCCCCCUUUAGUUUUAGAAUCAUCAUCAUCGCCUAAACUGUCUCCAUUUACGUGUCUACGAUCAUCAUUCUGGACAAAGGCUCGAGCAACUUUAUUUCCAUCGCUUACAGGAUUUUCACAGAAAUCAUAUUUUACAAAAUCAACUGCUUUAAUGGCCAUGCCAGCAAUUUUCUUGCUUACGUUAACUCUACCUGUUGUGGAAGCAAAAGAAAAUGAAGUUGGUUGGAAUAAAUGGUUGACAGCCAUACAAUUUCUAUGUGCUCCUAUUUUUAUUUCUAGCGUUUUAUUUGCUGGUGACAAAUCAAAUGUUAUUAUUGUGUUGUAUGCUUUCAUUUUUGGGUUGUUAGCAUCUAUCUUCUGCAUCUUAUUUACAAGUGAAUUUAGAACGCCAAGAUUUCAUUCAUUACUUUGUUUUAUGGGAUUUGGUGUUGCAAUUGUCUGGAUAUUUCUUGUGGCCAAUGAGGUUGUAGGUCUACUUCAAGCUUUAGGCCAAAUAAUGGGAUUAUCUGAUGCUAUACUUGGGUUAACAAUUUUUGCAAUGGGAAAUAGUUUGGGAGAUUUUGUUGCAAAUAUUACUAUUGCAAAAAUGGGAUUUCCUAUGAUGGCCAUGAGCGCAUGUUUUGGUGGUCCUAUGUUGAAUAUUUUACUUGGAGUUGGUAUUAGUGCUACUUAUGUAGCAAUUAAAACAGGCAGUCCAAGUAAGAUUGAAGUUGAAGCAACGUUAUUUAUAUCAUCAAUUGGAUUAUUAUUAGGGUUAUGUUCGGUUAUGAUUUAUUUGCCAUAUAAUGGUUAUCGAAUGACAAAAGCUUUGGGAUAUUAUCUGAUUUCAAUUUAUGUAAUUUGUAUGUUGAUAAAUGUUGUAUUGGAAGUGAAAUCUAUUAAUAGUUCAUGA